AUGAAGAUGAUGCUGAGUCUGGCUUGGCUGCUCAUAGCCAUAGCCCAUAAGGCUGAACCCCUCAUCUCUGCAAACUUUAAAGCCUGUAAAAAGUUUUUCUACAGAGGACAGCUCCCUGCCGGCUUUGCUAGUAUUGCUCUCCCUCACCGAUUUAAUCCCUCAGACUUACCAAAUGGAACAAAGGCAGAAGAACUGACCUCUCCAGCCUAUAUCUGCCAGCAGUAUGAUAACAAGUUUCACUUUGCUUCCCUGUAUGACAGAGGGAGGCGCGUGCCCCUCUAUUCUGCCUACAUCUUGGACAGGAGACCCUCAGAUAAACCAACAAAUAAGAGGCCACGAUUUUUCAAUAUAGAACCUCAGUUGAUUUAUAGGGGAUUGAGUGGCACAAUGUCACCUGAAUUAGACACCAGAAAGGCAAUAAUACAAUACGACAUAAAGAAUGGCAUUGACAAAAAUAAGGAGAAAAAUCUCCCAUAUUACCUUAUUCCGACAAGCCAAGCUGUUGAUGAUGACUAUAAAAACAGUAGCUAUGACAGAGGCCAUGUGAAUCCCAAUGGGCACCAUGUAGGGGGGAGUGAGGAGAAAGCAACAUUCACCUUAACCAACGUGGUGCCGAUGACAAAGAAACUGAACACAGAUAUAUGGAACAAAUAUGAGAAAAACCUUACUGGCUAUGCUGAUGGCUGCAAGACUAUGUAUGUGGUUACCGGCAUCGUACCGAGCAAUGAUACGUGGAUUAAGGGUGACCGUGUGAAUAUUCCCAGCCACGUGUGGAACGCUUAUUGCUGUGUAGAUAAUAAUGACAAGCCAAUCAAAUCAGGGGCGGGGCUACGGGAAAAUGAUUAUUCAAACCAUACUGUUAAUGAGAUGAAAAUUAAUGAGCUUCAAGUUCAACUCAAAAAUCUUUUAGGAACAAUUGCAAUAUUCCAAAAUAAUUGUGCUUAA